GGGCGAGGGGAGUAAACAUAAAAAUGCAGUCCAAGCUGCUUCUGUUUCAUGAGCACUUAUGUCAAAGCUGAUGCGCUAAUAAAAGAAUGCAAAUCCUGUAUUUGAACAACUGAAAUGGAAAUGUACAACGACUGUGUAAGGUGAUGCGCUCCACUUGAGCCAAGUACACAUCAAGUGUCACUCACGCAAUGUUACAUUUUUGGAGGGUGUAGACAGCACAUGGAAACAUUUGAACUGGAGUUAAAUCAUGAGGACUUUGGAUGAAGGUAAGCUUUUUAGCCUUUGUCAGCUUUCAACACGCAAAUAUUUUGCCACUCAAGCAUCUCUAAUUAUUACAAGAAUAAUGUGUUGAGUUGGAAAAGUAAUUUCUGUUGAUUCUUUUUCUGUAGAACUAUAAAUUCAUUCCAUACAUAGCAAGGAGAUCCUCCUGUGGACCGUGAUUGGAACUUUUUCAGUGAUAAUGUGAUGAAAGUGACUCCCAAGCCAGGUAAAAAUAAGUUUCUAAAAUGUCACCAUGUUUGUGAUAUUUAUGAAAUAUAAGUGCACAUUGAAUAGAUUAAAAUGUCUGCUCUUAUCUGAAAAAUGUUUUUCCUGUCUGCAUUGUGAACAAAUGUGUACAACAAUCAUCGUUGGCAAAACAAAAACUGAUUUUGUGAAUUCCACAAGUGAGCUAAAGUGAUAUGCUCACACUCAAAACUGAAAGGUCAGUCAAAUUGAGUCGGGAGGAAGGUUUGCGGGUCUGUCAUGCGGCUGAUUGGGACUACGCAGAUGCAAAACUUCAAUACGUGGAUGAUGAGAUUGAUUACAAGGAUCCCUGCAAAGCUGCUGCCUUUUUGGGAGACAUUGCCUUGGAUGAAGAAGAGCUCCUCAUGUUUAAAGACGCCUAUAAAAGAGAAAGUGCCGCAUCAGUUAAGCGGAGCUACCGUCAGCAUAACAACAGAAGGAGGAGGAGGAGGGCAGCCACCUCCAGAUCCGAGCGGAUUUGGCCCGACGGCAUCAUACCGUAUGUGAUCAGCGGUAAUUUCACCGGUAGUCAGCGGGCCAUUUUCCGUCAAGCCAUGCGUCACUGGGAGAAGCACACUUGUGUAACCUUCACGGAGAUGACGACAGAAGAAAGCUACAUUGUGUUCACAUACAGACCUUGCGGGUGUUGCUCUUAUGUGGGACGGAGAGGCGGCGGUCCUCAGGCCAUCUCGAUCGGGAAAAACUGCGAUAAAUUUGGCAUCGUGGUGCAUGAACUCGGUCAUGUGAUUGGUUUCUGGCACGAACACACGAGACCAGAUCGGGAUGAGCACGUGAGCAUCAACAGAGACAACAUUCAGCAAGGACAGGAGUACAACUUCCUGAAAAUGGAACCGGGCGAGGUUGACUCACUUGGUGAGGUUUACGACUUUGGCAGUGUCAUGCAUUACGCCAAGAAUACGUUCUCCAGAAGUAUCUUCUUGGACACAAUCCUGCCCCGUUAUGAUGUUAACGGAGUGCAGCCCAGUAUUGGACAGAGAGUCAAGCUUAGCAAAGGGGACAUUGCACAAGCACGAAAACUCUACAAAUGCCCAAGAUGUGGGGAGACUUUCCAAGAGAGUGCUGGCAAUUUUUCUUCCCCUGAUUUCCCCAAUGGCUACUCUGCAUAUGUUCAUUGUGUGUGGAGGAUUUCUGUCACUCCUGGAGAAAAGAUUGUUCUGAAUUUUACUUCCAUGGAUAUCUUCAAGAGUCACUCGUGCCGGUAUGACUACGUGGAGGUUCGAGAUGGCUUCUGGGAAAAAGCUCCUCUGAAAGGCCGUUUCUGUGGAGACGCAGUUCCAGAUGUCAUCGUCUCAAGUGACAGUCGACUUUGGGUUGAAUUUAGGAGCAGUAGUAGCUUGGUGGGAAAAGGCUUCUCGGCCAUCUACGAAGGUACGGCGAGGUCACUCGUCAUCUUUAAAGUUGAAAUGUUACCCGCCGAUUUCUGUGCAGCCGUGUGUGGCGGGGAGGUGCAGCGGGACAGCGGCCAGAUUCAAUCCCCCAAUUAUCCCGAUGAGUACCACUCCAACAAAUUGUGUGUGUGGAAAGUCAGAGUGGCAGAAGGUUAUGAAGUGGGUCUUUCCUUCCAGUCGUUUGAGCUUGAGAGUCACGACAGCUGUGCCUACGACUAUGUGGAAGUGAGGGACGGCGACUCGGCGCACAGUCCGCUGCUCGGCCGCUUCUGCGGCUACGACAAACCGGACGACAUCAAAAGCAGCACCAACCGACUCUGGCUCAAAUUCGCCUCGGAUGUCUCGGUUAACAAAGCCGGGUUCUCUGCCAGUUUCUUUAAAGAGAUGGACGAGUGUUCCCAACCCGAUAAUGGCGGCUGUGAGCAGCACUGUCUGAACACUUUGGGGAGCUACAGAUGCGCUUGUGAUCCUGGUUAUGAACUGGCCACUGACAGGUCAAGUUGCGAGACAGCAGCCUGCGGCGCCUUCAUCACUCAAAUGAACGGCUCCAUCACCAGCCCCGGGUGGCCUAAGGAAUACCCGCCCAACAAAAACUGUGUGUGGCAGCUAGUGGCACCCAUCCAGUACCGCAUCACGCUAGUGUUUGACGCCUUUGAGGCCGAAGGCAACGAUGUGUGUAAAUACGAUUACGUGGAGGUCCGCAGCGGCGCCAGCGCAGACUCAAAGCUUCACGGGAAGUUCUGCGGGGCGGAGAAACCAGAAGCCAUCACCUCGCUGAACAACAACAUGAGGGUCGAGUUCAAGUCUGACAACACCGUCUCCAAGAAAGGAUUCAAGGCUCACUUUUUCUCUGAUAUGGAUGAAUGCUCGGAAGAAAAUGGCGGUUGCCAGCAUGAAUGUGUGAACAUCAUGGGAAGCUACAGAUGCCAGUGCCGCAGCGGCUACAUGCUACACGACAACCGGCAUGACUGCAAGGAAGCGGGUUGUGAUCUCGUGGUGAACGGCGCAUCAGGCACAAUCAGUAGCCCCAAUUGGCCUGAUAAGUAUCCCAGCAAGAAGGCCUGUACCUGGACUCUGUCCACCACUCCAGGUCAUCGGAUUAAACUUACCUUCAAUGAGAUUGACAUGGAGGCUCAUCUGGAGUGCGCUUACGACCAUUUGGAAAUAUUCGAUGGUACCGAUACCCGUGCCCCGAGACUGAGUCGCAUCUGCGGUACCAAGAAACCGUCUCCUGUCAUCUCCGGUGACAACACAAUGUUCUUACGUUUCUUCUCGGACAACUCUGUGCAGAAGAGAGGAUUUCAGGCCUCAUACACAGCAGAAUGCGGAGGAAGCCUUAACGCUGAAGUCAAGACCAAAGAUUUGUACUCUCACGCACAGUUUGGAGACAACAAUUAUCCCGGAGGCUCUGACUGUUUGUGGGUCAUCUCUGCUGAGAAAGGUUACGGAGUGGAGCUUCUCUUUCAAGUUUUUGAAAUCGAGGAGGAGCCCGACUGCGGGUACGAUUAUGUCGAGCUCUACGACGGCGCUGACAUCAAAUCCCCGAGACUGGGGCGAUUUUGUGGAUCCGGGGCUCCAGAGGAGAUCUACUCAGCUGGAGAUGCCCUGGUGAUAAAAUUUCACUCAGAUGACAGCAUCGGUAAAAAAGGUUUUCACCUGCACUACACCAGCACAAAAUUCCAGGACACUCUACACGUGAGCAAGUGACCCUCAAAAACCUCGAAUCCCAGACUUAAAGGCAACCAGUUUGUCUGCCACACCCAUUCCAGCGUGGAAUCUUACCACUAAGCCACCAAUGUACCACACACGCAUCUGUUAGAGUCAAGCCAAGCAGACAAAUUACAUAUUUACUUACUUUGGAUCAACACUAAGGACUCAUUUGGGGCUUUUGCCUGGUAAGGAUUUAAAAUGCAGAUUUAUUCUAUUUUAUUCCUCUACUGUGUCACUUUGUAUGUGAGGUCACAUGAUCACUUGUGGUUAUUGCACUCGAGUUGUGUUUGGUGUUUUUGCACAUAGAAUUUGUGGGAAGUGGGACCCACAAUUGCUUUACUUGAGAUGCACUAAAAUUCAAUCUUCAUUGUGCAAAUAAAAUGCAAGAUUUUUACUUGUAUAGCGAUGCCAAUCAAAAUAUUUAGAUGCAUCUCAAUAAAUUGGUAGAAAAGUUCAUUUACGUCGUUAAAGUGAAACUAAUGAGUUAGGUUGUACGAGGUCAAUUAAAACAACAUUCAAUAUUUUGAUUGAUUUUAUUUAGUGUCCUAAUUUUUUUAUGGUGAAUUUCAGAUAUUCCACAGCUGUGAUCAAAUGUAAUAAUAAUACAUAUAGGUGAUAAUAAUACCAUGAAAUACUCGAUUAACAUUUUAAAUUGAACUACACAAAUAAACUUAAAUAACAUUUUCCACCGUAUUCUAAUUUAUUGAGAUGCACAAGCUUUAAAAACACUUUGUUUACUUUAUUCCAAGUUCUAGUUUUGUCUAAACCUUCAAAUCUGAACAGUGUAUGAUGUAGCUACUGAUGGAAAAUAUGAGAGUUGAUGUCCUUAAUGUAAUAAUAAAUUAGCCAAAAUGUCAAA